AUGAUCGAGCAGAAGCAGGAUGAUGUGACAACCCUGCAAGAAGCUCCCCAACGCGGGGGAGAACUCCUCGCGAACUCGCACACUUCACUCUGGACUCGGUCCCUCAUCGCAGGCGCCUUCGCCGGCCUCACGGUCGACUUCUCCCUCUACCCGCUCGACACGAUCAAGACACGACUGCAGUCCAACCUGACAAGUGCCAAAUAUGAUGCAUCAUCCAUCCUCCCGCGGCAUACCAUCCAGGGGACGUUGCGGAGCAUGUACGCGGGACUCCCCUCGGCGUUGCUGGGCUCCAUGCCAUCCGCGGCAUCCUUCUUCGUCGUCUACGACGGCGUCAAAAGAUCACUGAUUGAUCCAACCCGACAGUCUCCCGCGCACCAGGCCUACGCGCACAUGCUAGCCUCGUCACUGGGGGAGAUCGCGGCCUGCGCGAUCCGCGUGCCGACCGAGGUGGUCAAGCAGCGCGCUCAGGCGGGGUUGUUCGGCGGCUCGACGCUCCUCGCACUACAGGACAUACUCUCGCUCAGAAAAACCGACGGCUACACCACCAUGAUCCGGGAGCUGUACAGAGGAGGCGGCGUGACCAUCAUGCGCGAGAUCCCUUUCACCAUCACCCAGUUCAGCCUGUGGGAAUACUUCAAGACGUCCUACUCGGAGCGACAGCACAGAAUGGCCGGUCGCCCUGAGGGACUGGUCACCGCUUCCGAGAGCGCAAUCUUUGGCAGUGUCGCGGGGGGUAUUGCCGCAGGAUUCACAACCCCCUUGGACGUGCUCAAGACAAGGAUCAUGCUCGCUCGCAAGGAGGCAGGCGGUGGCACUUCCUCAACUCGAGCCGGCCCCGUCAAAGUCCUGCAGCAGAUCUGGCGGGACGAAGGCCCCCCAGGCCUGUUUCGUGGCUUCGUGCCCCGCGUUGGUUGGAUCAGUACCGGGGGUGCGAUAUUUCUCGGAACGUACCAAUAUGUCUGGAAUCUCCUCGGGGCCGAAGAAGCAUAG